CUGGAAGAGAGCAGUUAUAAAACCCUCACCAUGUGAUUCUUGCUUUCUAUUCACGCUACCAUUUGCCAUCUGCUGCUCACCAGAGAUAGGACCUGCAUUGUGCCAUUUGGACCUUCAGCCUCCAAAACUUUUGCUGAAGAUUCUUUAAGAAUCAUCCAAGGUGCCACACUGCAAAAAUGGUUCAGCUGACAGCCACCCCUCUAAGUGCACUUGUUGAUGAGCCAGUGCAUAUCCGAGCCACAGGCCUGACUCCUCUUCAGUUGGUGGUCUUUCAUGCAUCCUUGGAAGAUGAAGUGGGGAAUCUCUUUUAUUCACGGGCCUUCUACAGGGCCAAUGAAGUUGGUGAGAUAGACUUAGAUCAUGCUGCUGCACUUGGAGGUGACUAUAAGGGAGUGCACCCCAUGGGACUCUUCUGGUCACUCAAGCCUCAAAAACUAGUAACAAGACUGCUGAAAAGAGAUGUGAUGACUAGCCCCUUCCGGGUCCAGAUAAAACUCUAUGACAGACAUUUACCAAUAGAAACCAAAACCAGCGAAGCACCAAAGGCCAGCGUGACUUUGGAAAGGUGGUAUGUGGCACCGGGUGUCACACGAAUCCCGGUCCGAGAAGGCCGUCUUCGGGGAACCCUCUUUGUGCCUUCAGGAGAGGGCCGUUUCCCAGGAGUGAUUGACAUGUAUGGCACUAGCGGUGGGCUGCUUGAGUUCCGAGCCAGUCUCCUGGCCAGUCGUGGAUUUGCCUCCUUGGCUUUGGCUCACUGUGGCUUUGAAGACCUGCCACCCCAGCCAGACAAAGUAGACUUGGAGUAUUUUGAGGAAGCUGCCAACUUCCUCCUGAAGCAUCCUAAGGUCCUUGGCCCAGGCAUUGGGAUAGUCUCUGUGUGCAGAGGAGCAGAGAUUGGACUCUCCAUGGCUAUUCAUCUAAAGCAAGUCACAGCCACUGUACUUAUCAAUGGGCCCAACUUUAUUUUUAGUAUUCCACAUGUAUAUCGUGGUCAGAUCCUUAAGCCCAGACCCCACUCUGUACAAUCAAUAUCCAUCAAUGCCUUAGGUUUUGUAGAGUUUUAUAGUAUUUUCGAUGAAAGUGGGCCUGAGACUAGUCAGUCUUGUCUUCCCAUCGAAAAGGCCAGGGGACCUUUCCUCUUUAUUGUAGGAGAAGAUGAUAAGAAUGUCAAUGGCAAAGUAUUUGCUAAGCAAGCUACAGAACAGCUGAAGAGACAUGGGAAAAACAACUGGACCCUGCUGUCCUACCCUGGGGCAGGCCACGUGAUAGAGCCUCCCUAUUCCCCACUGUGCUGUGUCUCAGGGAUUGCCAAUGUAUGUUCAGCUAUACACUGGGGAGGAGAGGUGGUCCCACAUGCAGCUGCACAGGAACAUUCUUGGAAGGAGAUCCAGAAAUUUCUCAGGAAGCACCUCACGCCAGUGAUACCCAGUCAAAUCUGAGAAGAGAAGGUUUUCAGGGAUACAUGUAUAAAUCUCCUUAUUAGAAACUUCUCUCAAUUUUAACAGAGGAAUGUCUUUUAUCUGUUAUUGUAAGAAGGAAGACAAAAGGAAUGGGCAUAGAAAUGUCCUGAAUUUUGGAAGGGAAAUAUGUUUUCACCUCACCAAGCAUCAGACACUGAGUCAUACAGUUGUAGCUAUGAACCUGGAGCUCUAGCAGCCCUAAAAUAUCAUAAAGCAAUUCUCAAUCAUAGUGAUUCUCAAUCAUAGUGAUUCUCAAUCAUAGCAAUUCUCAAUCAUAGUAAUUCUCAAUGAUAGCAGUUCUCAAGGGGAAACAGUGAAUCACAGAAUUUUCUGGGUUAUACAAUGGACAUGAAGAGAAUCAGAUACUGACAUUUGUCGUUUUCCUAAAACUCAGAUA